AUGGCUAUCUCGAUGCCUUGUUCACCUUCGUCUGAUUCUACUUUCUCAGAGCCUUCCUCGAGGGCGUCAACACCGACGCUUGUGCCUUCACAAUUAGGGGCAGACGACAAGUUUGACGAUGGGCGCUCUAUAACUGAAUCCUUGAUUUCCUCGCUGGCAUCCGACACCACUGAUGUCGAAAGAAACUCUAUGUGCUUAUCCAACGACGAGCUUAGUUUCGAGAGGUUGCUUGUCAUACAUGCGUCGCUGGCGGUAUGCCUGUUUCUCGCGAUAACCGACACAACUAUAGUCUCGACAUCAUUACCACGAUCAAUGCUGAACUUGGUGGACUUCUGCACAAUAUUCUUGGGUUGGCGUAAGCUACAUGUUGACACAGACGAUAUUUCAACCCGUAUACGGACAAUUCACAAUGAUGUUCGGCCGCAAGCGGGUAUUAUAUACGUGUAUGGGAAUGUUCCUGAGCACAUCUUGGUUAUGUGGUGCAGCUCAGUGGCAAGUGACGACGUCAUGAUUGCUUCGACCUGUGCUAAUGAUUCCCGGUUUCGCGCCACAGAUCUUGUGUCCUGGAGAUGGGCAUUCUACAUGAACUUACCCGUUGGCUGUGCUGCGUUGAUUGCUGCCAUGAUCUCGUUAAGCGCCUGGCAUGAAGCACCUUGCAAUAAGUCCAGCGUUGGACAUUUAUUGGGACACUUUGACUGGGUUGGGCUUUGGUGGUACUGCGGCGCUCGUCAUCGGAUUUUCAUUGGCUACUAUACAAGGCUGUACGUAUCCUCGAGGAUGCAUCGGCUUUUUUCAUCUAACCGUUAUGCAAAGGGUCAUACCCUCACGUUGGCGCUUGUGUUCGCCGGAAUUGCGUCAUUGACAUUGGGUGCCUUGUAUGAAAGUGGUAUUUUCGGUGCUACACGAUGCUGGGGGCUCUCGCUUGGCGCAAACCCUAAACAUGCAUUAUUUGCUCCAAUGCUCCUUCGCACACGAGCAGCAGGUAUCAUACUCGUAUUUUCAUUUUUUCAGACCAUGGCAUUCAAUGCUGGAACCUUCUACCUUGCACUCUACUACCAAUGCACUACAUGCUGGAACACAAUUGUUACCUUAUACAUUGGGAUCAUCCCUUGUCUCGUUAAUUGGGUUUUACAUCUCCGAAAAGACCAGGCACAUAUUACCAUAAUUCGCGCUGGGCUUGGCUUGAUGGCCACAGGAUUUGGAUUAAUGAUUCUCCUGGACGAACGAUCAAGCAUGAUCAUGCAAACCUUGAUCCCUUUGGUGGCCGGUGUUGGUGUCGGGUUUUUGCUGAAGACGCCAGCCACGGCACUUAGUCUAGCCAUGCGCGGCUGCGAUGUGCCAGCCGUUACUGCGGGUCUGUUGUUAGUUCGUUUCAUCGGGACCGCAUCGGGAGUUUCCAUCGGAGGUGCGAUAUACCAAAGCAGAUUGGCUGUCAACCUUCCAUCGGACUUUGAUUUGGAUAUGUCUGUCCCAAACUUUGACUACAGACUGUUAACAACCCUGCAACCCGAGCCCCUACGGAAUAGCGUACUGCAAGCCGUGUCUCGUUCGAUUUCAUCGAUCUGGGUCAUAUGCGCCCUAUGCCUAUCAAUCGGAUUCUUCCUUUCCUUAUUUUUGAAACAAACUCCGGUGGACGACACAUCGUCAUCGAAUGAUGAAACGAGCCCUUCAGAACAUAGUAGCAUGCUCCAGUCCCAGUUCGAUCAAAAGAACUAUGGCUCGACAGGCACAUGCAAGAAGAGCGGAGUUUGA